ACGAUGCUAGCUUAGGACGCUAAGGGGGCUAGUGGCACCCAAAUGCGACGACAUUUUAAGAGAGAGUGUAGUUAGUGGCGAGUAUGGGGCGCGUACGGUCUUUCGGAUCGGCAUGGUAGUGGUGGGGGGCUCGCUGGAUGCGGUGUGUGUGAGAGACGUCGGUGCGGGUCUUUCGGCACACUCUUUCCACUACGGCUGCGCGGCUGGCUCGCAGGAGAGCCUCGUUGCCGCUCCGGUGGCGUUCACGAUUACAGUCAAGGGGGGUAGCAAUGACGGUGUGACGUGUCAGAGCAUUAAGUACGCGGCGGGUGCGCUUAUGACGCAGAUGCUGAAGGUGACGUUGAGCAGCAGGUUUAGUAGCGUUAAGAGGGUGGAUUUCGAUGGGUCGAAUUCGCUGGUGACGGCGGCGCUGAUUGAUACGGUGGGUUCUGUUUAUAGCGCUCAGCAGAUCGCCAAGUAA